AUGUUGGACAACAGAUGGGUUGUGCCUUAUAACCCAUACCUUCUGCGGAUAUUCAAUUGCCACAUCAACGUUGAGGUCUGCUCGAGCAUAAAGGCCGUCAAAUAUCUUUACAAGUACAUUUACAAGGGCCAUGAUAAGGCUUCUUUCAGCAUCGACCAGCCCGACGCCGAUGGUAACAUUGAUGAGAUCAAGAGAUACGUUGACGCAAGGUGGAUCACCCCUCCGGAGGCUAUGUGGAGGAUAUUUGGCUUUCCACUUUGCGCCAACUACCCUCCUGUCUUGCAGUUGCCUCUUCAUCUCCCGAAUAUGCACAGGGUCGCAUUCAAUGCCCAGGCUGACUUGAAAAAUGUUGUCGCCUCAGAAAAUAUUUCAAAAUCCAUGUUAACGGAGUAUUUCAAGGCUAUAACCAGGAACACCCUCGGGCUAGAAAUAUAUUACUUGCUCACCGUGGACGGCGUGCUAUGUGGGAGCUUUAGAGAGGCCGCUGAAAGGUUGGGACUCAUCGAGGCAGACAACACGCUCGACGACUGUCUUACUGAGGCUGAGCAGUGGGCGAUGCCAUGUUCUCUUAGGAGGCUCUUCGCAACCAUCUUGGUGCACUGCGAGCCAGGCGACGUGCGUGGUUUAUGGGAUAGGCACCUCGAGCCUAUGUCAGAUGACUAUCGUCGAUCACGCACGUUCCCUGACGAGGUGGAGCAGAUGGUGUUGCUAGACAUUAGGGGUAUGUUGCAGUCCAUGGGUAAAGAUAUUGUUGAUUUCGCUCUUCCGAGCAUAGAUGAUGCGUUUGACCCAACCGAGGGCGAGGCAAGAGAGGUCAUCGAGGAAACAACCGUUGAGUUUGACAUGGAUGACACUAAGUUGGUAUCUUCGCUGAACUUGGAACAAAGGGCCGCAUACGACGAGAUACUAACGGCUGUUGAACGCGGGAAGACCUUCCUAUACAGGGCGAUGCUUGCCAAGGUGAGGAGCCAAGGCAAGAUUGGUAUCGCUACCGCGACGUCGGGCGUCGCCGCUUCUAUCAUGCCUGGCGGCAGGACUGCCCACUCGAGGUUCAAGAUCCCAUUGAGUUGCGAUGAUGGAGCCUCGUGCAUCUUCACCAAGCAGAGUGGGACCGCCAAGCUCCUAAGGAUGGCCUCAUUGAUAAUAUGGGAUGAGGCCAGCAUGACGAAGCGACAAGCGGUAGAGGCAUUGGACAACAGCAUGCGCGACAUCAUGGGAAUACGUGACCGGCCCUUUGGAGGAAAGACUAUUGUUUUUGGUGGGGACUUUCGGCAGCUUCGGCUCAUCACCAACAUGAGGGCUCAUAAUGACACGUGGUUUGCAGAUUACUUGCUAAGGGUCGGCAAUGGCACUGAGGAUGUAGACGAUCAAGGCAACAUACUACUCCCUGAAGAUAUUUGUCUGCCAUCUACAGGCGAGGUUGACGACCUGGAAAAACUUAUUGACCACGUGUUUCCGAGUCUAGAUGACAACAUGUCUGAUUCCAAUUACAUGACAUCUUGA